AUGCUGCUGCUUCUGCUGCUGCGCUCACCAGUGCGGCAGCAGCCGGCGCUAGUCUCUCUCGGCUCGAAUUUUGGACUUCCCGACUCGGUCGUGGUCGUGACUGAAGCGAACGUGGCCGCUGCGCGUGAGCGGCUGCGCGCCGCGCUACUCGCGAACGGCGGGCCGAACUGCCACGGGCAGUUCUCGCCUCACCGAUAUGCGUUCCUCUUCGCGCCUGGCAGCUACGACCUGGACGUCGAGGUCGGCUUCUACACGCAGGUCGCUGGUCUGGGCCGGCGGCCGGAGGAUGUCACGUUCACUGGCCGCCGCGGCGUGCACGUCGACAACUGCGGGCCCCGCCCACCCGCCCCACACGUCGGCUCCCCGUACGCGGACGUGGGUGCGCUCGACAACUUCUGGCGCUCCGCCGAGAACCUGCGCGUCUCCGGUACGCUCGUGUGGGCCACCUCGCAGGCAGCGCUAGCAGCAGCGCCGACACCUGCGGCGCCGCUGCGCAGCGUCGUCGCCGAGCGCGUGGAGCUCUCUGCGGCGGGCGGGUGGGCGUCGGGCGGCUUCGCCGCGGACCUGCGGUUGAGCGGCGCGAUCGCCUUCGGCACGCAGCAGCAGUCGCUCCUCCGAACGAGCGAGCUCGGCGGCGGCGUCGAGGGGUUGCCCUCCUUCAACUCCGUCUUUCUCGGCGUCACGCCCACCCCGCCACCCGACAGCUGCGGCGGCGGCGGCCCGGCGGUGGCGAGCGUGGGCAGUGCGCCGCUCGCGGCGGAGAAGCCAUUCCUCUUCUUGCAGAACCAGACCCUCCACCUCGCCCUCCCUCCAAUCCGCCGGCAGGCAAAGGGCGCGGCGCCCCGCCCGCACCACUUGCCCGCAGCGCCGCUGGCUUCCGGCGACGACGACGACGAUGGGCGGAGCGUCGUCUUCGUGGCGACCCCGAGCGACUCGGCAGCUGCCAUCAACACGCAGCUCGCGCGCGGGCGGCACGUCGUGCUCACCCCCGGCCUGUAUGCGCUGCCCGUGCCGCUGCGCGUCGCGACGAGGGGGCAGGUGCUGCUCGGCCUCGGCUUCGCCACGCUGACGCCGAUGCGCGGCCUGCCGGCAGUGGAGCUGUUGGCGGCGGGCGUGCGGAUGGCGGGCGUGCUCGUGCAGGCAGGGCCACUGCGCUCUCGUGCCCUCGUCGUCGUCGGCGACGGCUCACCAAGCAGCAGUGGCACCGCCGACGCGCCCAUUUUGCUCCACGACUGCUUCGUGCGUGUCUAUGCCGAGCGGACCGCGCCACAGCCCGCCGUGGCGACCACGAUGCUGUGGGUACGCGCGGACCACGUCGUCGUCGACCAUGCUUGGUUGUGGCGGGCGGACCAUGACUCAACCGCCCACUUCACAGACGGCGAGAACCCGGUGCAGCACGCGCUGGAGGUCGACGGGCGCUUCGUCACCGUCUACGGCCUCUUCGCCGAGCACACGCUGGGCGACCUCACGCGGUGGCGCGGCGAGGACGGCGCCGUGUUCCUCUACCAGUCCGAGCUGCAGUACGACGCGCCGCCGCCCGUGUGGCCGCACCUCGGCUACAACGUGACUGCGCGCCACCACCGCGCGCUGGGCGUGGGCGUGUACUGCUACUUCUUCGACGAAGUAACCGUCCACGAGGGCAUCCACGCUGCGGACGCCUCGGGGAUCGUCCACUCGUUCACCCACCUGCUCGACGGUGGCGGUGCGAUUCAGUCCGUCAUCAACGGUCGCGGCGGUGCCGUGAGUGCGACCGGCCAAGGCAGCUACGUGUGCAGCUCCUAG